UCAUGAAAACUUACGAUGCAUUCAUUUACCUCAGCUUCCCUAUUCACUAGCCUUCAACUAGCUUGGAUCUCAAAUUGUCCUGUUCUGGAAAUCUAGUGCACUCCGUAGGGUGUGUACGCCUAUCACUUUACACUCUAAGUAGGGUGCCUACGGAGUGAACAUGGCGCUGUUUGGGCACGCCCACUGCUUGGCUGUUGAGCUAGUCAGCUUUAGCUAGCUACAAUUCUUCGGUUAGGAUUUCGAGCUAGGGUAGAUGUAGAUAUUACUAAAAUAUUAUAACUCGUAAAUCGUAAAUUAGUGUACAGACUGGCUCGAGGGGAUGUUGUGAUAUUUUUCAAGAGGAUGUCAUUGAUUUAAAAUGUUAAAUAUUUAUUUUAUCGUUAGCUAGCUAGCUCGUUUAGCUAAUGAACCGGUUAGUCCUAUGAGCUGACGAGCUCGUGUUGUUUUAUAGAUAAUUAUUGUUAUCAUCUAUUUAUCUUUGUUUUUGACGAAAAAAUGGUUUAUUGACAGUUUUUCUAGCAAACUAUAUACUCUUUCUGGCUAAUACUGCGUUUUUAUUAGUCAGUGUUUGCUAUAGCAGAACCAUACACAAUAUCUAAUAUUUAAUAUAUAACAUAAAUAUAUAAUAAGUAUAUAAUAAUAAUAAGCAUUAAUUAGUGUUAGUGGAGGUGAUUUAGUUUGUUUUUCUCAUCAUCAUGGCUGCAGAACUUCAAGCCAAAUACACCAAACUGGCUCAAGAGUACUCAAAGCUCAGAGCACAGAAUCAGGUCCUGAAGAAGGCAGUGGUGGACGAGCAAGCCAGUUCCAACUCCCUGAAGGAGGAGGUGAAGCAGCGUGAGCAGAGCCUGCGUAAAGCCGAGCAGGAGAUGGACAGCCUGAGCUUCAGGAACCAGCAGCUGGCCAAACGAGUGGAGCUGCUGCAGGAGGAGCUGCAGGUCACCGAGGCCAGGAGUAAAAAGGGCAAGAGUAAAGGAGAUUCGCCGUCCCAGCCCAGCUACCAGACGCAGAGUGUGUUUGACGAAGACCUGCAGAAGAAGAUUCAGGAGAACGAAAGGCUUCACAUCCAGUUCUACGAGGCGGACGAGCUGCACCGUCAGCAGGAGGCUCGGCUCCGAGAGAGACUGGAGCAGCUGGAGAAAGACGCCGAGCAGCACCAGGCUGUGGUGGACGGUCUCGCCUCCAAAUACAUGGACAACAUCGAGAAACUACAGAGCGACAAAGCUCGCCUAGAGGUUAAAGUUCAGACACUGGAGAGAGAGGCAAAGGAGUGCCGACUCAGGACCGAGGAAUGCCAGCAGCAACUGAGGAAAUAUCAGACAGAGCUGAGCACUCAGCUGAAACACAACAGCAGUGUGAUCCAGGAGAAAGUGCCCUUCAACGACACCAAAUACAGUGGCUACAACAGCUUAAACGUUCCCACACACAACAGAAGACAUCAGCUGAAAGCUCGAGAUGCAGCAGGACAGGCCGUGGGCUUCGUGCAGGAUCUCGUCUCUGCUCUCCUCAACUUUCACUCGUACACAGAGCAGAGGGUCCACAUUUACCCCCUGGACUCAUCUAUCGAACCCGUCUCACCUCUCAACCAGAAGUUCUCUCAGUAUCUGCAUGAGAACGCUGCGUAUGUGCGCCCCCUGGAGGAAGCCAUGCUGCAGCUGCAUCAGAGCAUCACAGAGGACACGGUUACAGUACUGGAGACGGUGGGGAAACUGCAGGACUUUUCCAAAUCCUUCUCCACUUACACAAGCUUUCUGCAGAAGAUCCUGCCUUAUCAGCUAAAAAGUCUGGAGGAAGAGUGUGACGUCCCUCUGUGCACAGCGUCUUUGAGCGCUAAGAACCGCGAGCUACAGAGCGAUAUGAAAAGAGUGACUGCUGUGUUUGAGAAGCUGCAGAACUACAUCAGUCUCUUGGCCUUACCUAGUGUGCGAUUGGAUGCCAUGCCUCAGAGCAGCUCCAGCGCAGUCUUCACCCAGCUUGCUGCUUGUUUACACGGCCUGCACGAUGCCACCAAGGAGCUGUCCAAGCACUACAGUCAGAAGGUGGCCCUUGAGCAGGAGCUUCCUAACAUCACUCAGAAGCUGCGCACCACUAACGAGUGCUUACUCUCCUCCCUGGCCUCCCUCACCAACACCACAAACAAGAUUGCAACGUUCUUCAGCAACAAUCUGGACUUCUUCACCUCGUCGGCUGGGUACGGGCCCAGAGGCGGAACCGGAAGCCUCAACCCACAGCAGGCACACAGCAUGCUCAGUAACAAAAAGCACGCGUCCGACUACAUGCUCACACUCAGGAGGGCGCGUCCUGAGUCUGUUCCCUACACAGAGGCACUGUCGAACCAGCGCAUCCUCACCAGCUCCACAGAGAGCAGAGAGGGUCUCAUGCAGCAGGUGCAGCAGAGUCAGGAGAAAAUCGCUCGUCUGGAGCAGGAGAAGGAGCACUGGCUGCUGGAGGCUCAGCUGGGCCGAGUACGACUGGAGAAGGAGACUCAGCGCAUAGCCGAGCUGGAGGCCAGACUCUCCUCAGCCCUCGGGAACGGCGUCGCUGCACCCACACACACCGACUCUGCCUCUACAGGACCAGCUGAGGCAGAAAAAGACAAGAUAACGAGCAGAGAGGCGUCUCAGAGCACCAGUUUGGUUGGAAUGCUUACCACAACCCCGACUAAUGAGAGUGUUGGAGAUGAAGAGUCUCGGGAACACCUGAUCAAAUCCCACUACAUGGCGCGAGUGGCCGAGCUCACCACGCAGCUGCAGAUGUCCGACAGCAAGGCGGUGCACUUUUACGCCGAGUGCCGAGCGCUGGCGAAACGUCUGGCCAUCGCAGAGAAAUCUCGCGAGACUCUCACAGAGGGGAUGAAGCAAGCCAAUCAGAACAUCACGUCCCUGCAGGAUGAACUGAGCACGACUAAGAGGAGCUACGAGGACCAGCUGAGUAUGAUGAGCGAUCAUCUCUGCAGCAUGAACGAAACCCUGAGCAAACAGCGCGAGGAGAUCGACACGCUCAAACUAGGAAACAAGGGAAACUCGAAGAAGAACAAGGGUCGGUAGUUUGGUAUGCAGUCAUUCAGCAUCGCUGUGAAUGAAGGAGGAUGUACUGGGACCAGACAGAUUUCACUAAACACACACACACACACACACACACACAGAUACGGCAGAGACACAUGGAGACAUGACGUCCUGCUCUGCUCAGACAUAACUGACCAGACAUGACUUGGUUCAUUCGUUAGUUUUUUUUUUUUUUUUUUAAACAACAGCUUGUUUGAGUGUGAGUGGAAAACUGACAUUUCAUCACCUUUAUCUUCUGCUAUCUUGCCAUUUUUCCAAGCAGACAGAAUGUUAGUGAUUUUUACAAAUUAAAACAAAGACCUAAAGUGUGCAGAUCGGCUGAACGAUCAUGUACUGGUCAUAUCGCUAUAAGUCUAAUUUUGACUGCUUGACAUUUCAUCUGACCGUUUCUUUAUCACAUGAGUAUCAAAUUUUCCUACUUCCUGUUUGAAGACCCUGAUUAGUUUCCAUAUUUACUGAGGACAUUAAAACGUGCACAUAAAUUGUGCGUAUAUCCUUAACAUUAUACUAUUCUGGUAUAGGAAAUAACAUUAAAGGUACGGUCAGUGUUUUUUUUUUUUUUUUUUUUUUUUUUUAAAAGGUGAAGUCAGCGCUUUUUAUAAUAUUUAUCCAAGCUCUGCUCACACUGCAGAGGCGUCUCCACUCUCCCUACAGUCAUGUUACUUGUUUCUUCUUUGUAUCAGAGAUGUUGCUUCACUGAUAACACUGACGUUAGAAGCCGAAAUUGUUUGGAGUUUCAAAAUACUGAAAUUGCGUACUACACCUUUAAUGGUUUUGAAAGUGGUUAGUUUUUUGUACUUUUUUUUUUUUUUUUUUUUUUUUUAAACAAAAAACAUUAGAGAAAUCUGUACUCCUGUGUUGUUUUGAUAAACUGCUCAAAGCUAAAAGUGAUUCUCCUAACACCUCAGUUUGAAGAAAUAACCGAAUCAUUUAACCCUUGCUCUGCGUCAUGCGGCAUUUUUAAAAAUGCGACGUGGAUAAUGUACAGAAAUCUGGGAUAUUGUUGUACAGGUAUGAUACAGUGAAUAUUAUUUUUUCUUCCACCGCUAAUCUAUAUGCAGUGAUUUCUCGUGAUGUGAAAUCUGUUAUUUAAACACCACGAUAUUACGCUCUCUCGGUCCCGCAUUAGCAGGAGUGUGUUUAUCCGGAACAUCCGAUGCCGAUCGCUGUACUUGCGUAGCACACAGUGAGUUUUAUUGCUAGAACAUUUCAUUUCGUGUCGUAACUCUCUGCAAAAUAUCAUAACUAUUUUAAAAUGAUGUAUUAUGCAACCCGAGUGAGAUCUCACACACACACACACACACACACACACUUAUACCCCAUAUGAAAUAUAUGUUAAUCCAGUACAGGAGACUAGUCUGUACCUCAGUAGUACUUAAGCAUGUAGGCAGAGAUUAUAAUCAGUGAUAUAGAGAGCUGUUAGGGUAAAAGCUCUCACUGUGAUUAGCUGUGAAUGCUAAAGCGAUAUAAAUAUGCACUGGGCAGAUUUUUCUGUGGAAAAAAAAAAUAUAUUCGAAAUGGGAAAACAAAACGUUAAUGUGAAUAUAUGUUCAAUUCAUAUCAUGUCUUAUGUGUUUUUUUUUGUUUGUUUGUUUUUUUUUUAUUUCUUCUUCCACCAAACUUUUAUACAAUGGCUUUGAUCAUGUUUUGUUAAACCAGUGAAAUCAGUGUUGUGUAAGAUUUAUGUACGGAUAAAUAUCAGCCAAGCCCUGAGGAAAAGAUAUCAAAACUGACGCUCCGUUUUAACCGUGACUAUCCGUGAUUAACGAAUCCUCGACUUUUUUUUUUUUCCCCCAAACAAAUGGUCGUGAAUCACCAGUGACAGUUUACAAAGAUCCACGUAGUCGCUUCUCGUCAAGUUUACAACAGUCGUCUUUUAUUCAGAGCAAGACUCCGAACUGCAAAUGAUUUUCUCCAUUUAAUCUCCUCCACGUACUGAUCGCAUACCAAAACCAUGUAAAUGAAACAUGACAUAAAUAAUAAAACAUGGAUUUGAA